UUUGGGAGGCUCAGCUGGGUUGCUGGACUGGGCGGGUUCCUUUAGGCAGGUAUCCCCCGUGGCUCGGGUGCCCUCACUGGGCACCCCCAGCAUUCUGGGCACCUCCCGACCACGGCCGUCGAGGCUGGCCACCGAGUAAGUGCGGUCGGGGCAGAGGGCUGCAAUAUAUCUUUUUGUUCACCGAAAACAAGAUUAUCUCCUUAUCCAAAAAGAUGAAACCCGCUGAGUUACUUUCAAAAGACGACCAAAGGAGCACCGCAAACUGAUGAGUAGAAUCAAUAAGAACGUGAUUUUGGCGCUUUUAACUUUGACCAGUUCUGCAUUUCUGCUAUUUCAGUUGUACUACUACAAGCACUAUUUAUCAGCAAAGAAUGGAGCUGGUUUAUCAAAAUCCAAAGGAAGCCGAAUUGGAUUUGAUAGCAUACAGUGGCGUGCAGUUAAAAAAUUCAUCACACUAACAUCGAGCCAAAAUGUGCCUGUGUUCCUUAUCGAUCCUUUGAUUCUGGAUUUGAUUAAUAAAAACUUUGAACAAGUCAAAAAUACUUCUCAUGGAGCCCCUUCAGAAUGCAGCUUUUUCUGUGUCCCAAGGGACUUUACUACGUUUGCACUGCAGUAUCACCUGUGGAAGAAUGAGGAAGGCUGGUUUCGGAUAGCUGAAAAUAUGGGAUUUCAGUGUCUGAAGAUUGAGAGCAAAGAUCCUCGGCUCGAUGGGAUAGACUCGCUUUCCGGAACCGAGAUUCCCCUGCACUACAUCUGCAAGUUGGCCGCUCACGCCAUCCACUUGGUGGUCUUCUACGAGAGGAGUGGCAACUACCUCUGGCACGGCCAUCUACGACUCAAAGGACACAUUGACAAGAAAUUUGUUCCUUUUCGAAAGCUACAGUUUGGUCGUUAUCCGGGAGCUUUUGACAGGCCAGAAUUACAACAAAUCACUGUUGAUGGACUAGAAAUUCUCAUUCCAAAAGACCCAAUGCACUUUCUAGAAGAAAUGCCACACUCUAGGUUUAUUGAGUGUAGGUAUAAAGAAGCUCGAGCGUUCUUUCAGCAGUACCUCGAAGACAGCACGGUGGAAGCUAUGGCCUUUCGGAAGAGCGCGAAGGAGGUGCUGCAACUCGCAGCCAGAACGUUAAAGAAAUUGGGAGUGCGGUUCUGGCUGAGCAGCGGGACUUGCCUAGGAUGGUAUCGACAGUGCGGUAUUAUUUCUUAUAGUAAAGAUGUCGACAUAGGAAUUUUUAUACAAGAUUACAAAUCUAAUAUUAUUUCAGCAUUUCAAGAUGCAGGACUUCCACUGAAACACAAAUUUGGGAAGGUAGAAGACAGCUUGGAACUAUCUUUCCAGGGAAAAGAUGAUGUGAAACUUGACAUUUUUUUCUUCUAUGAAGAGACUGACCAUAUGUGGAAUGGAGGCACUCAGGCCAAGACAGGAAAAAAAUUUAAGUACCUGUUUCCCAAGUUUGCACUGUGCUGGACCGAGUUUGUAGACAUGAAGGUCCGUGUGCCCUGUGAAACCAUCGAAUACAUUGAAGCCAACUAUGGGAAGACCUGGAAGAUUCCCGUGAAGACCUGGGACUGGAAGCGCUCUCCCUCCAAUGUGCAGCCCAAUGGAGUCUGGCCUGUCUCCGAGUGGGACGAGGUCAUCCAGUUAUACUGAGACAGCAGACCCCAGAACGGUGAAAUCCCCCGCCUGAAAAACGGGGCUAAGUGUUUAGGUAUAUAUCUAUUUGUCAAAUGUAAGUAGGAGCCAAAGAAAAACAACAAGUUGGAAGACACAGAAAGAGUUCUAACUCCUAACCCAACUGAUUUAAUCCUCUCAUUUAACAUUUAAUAAGGAGUCUCCGUGUGCUAGGUAUAAUGCUAGGUUACCAUGGAGAGCAGACAACGAGACAGAGGCCUGCCUCCUUUUCUCCCUCUCUUUGGUAAGCACCCCAGUUUUCCUUUGAGGGAAACAUGCUUACUCCUCAAAGAGCUCAUAGAAUAUGGCAUGUUCUCUAAGUGCUUUCAAAAUGCUAGGUGAUGUCUGGACUGGAAGAUGGGCUCACCACAAGAGGUUAAGGAAGGAUACACUAGUUAAGAAGAAUAAGCCAUUCCUGGUCUCUGUGUUGAAGCUUGUACUUUAGAGCUACUUUUCAGGUUGUGGCGUCUGAGUUCAUAUCGAAGCGAUCAGACUUCCGGUGGCAUCAAGAGAAGAUGCUGCCAGGCUCGUGGUGUGAGCAUCCUGCUGGGGAAUGGACUGAAAGCACAGGGCAGCAUCCCGUAAGAGUGAGCGCUUGUGUCUGGCCUUGUUAAAGAUACCCCCAUUUUCAUACACUUCCUGUUUUCAUAUAUGAAGUGCAAGGAGAACUUACGUUUGUGUGAUGCUUCAAUUUCUAGCCAUUGUGAGGAUAUUUUCACUGACUUCUGAUAGAACUUGCAGAUAAAUCAUUCAACGAGACCAUGCUACCAGACAUGAUUUUGAAAGGGUUGUCACUGCACAAAACUUGCUCCCCUCAUUUCACUCUCAGCCAUCUGUUAGGUAGAACUAUGAGCUAUUCACGGACAUUGAGUGUUUUCUGAUUUGGAGUCCGUGUACUCUCCGGUUAGAUGCUAUGUAAGCCUACCUGUUCCCUCCCUCUUCCACAACUCCAUCAGGUCUCCGAAAUGAAGAUAAAUGGAAAACCAUGCAGCUGCUCUCCACCCCACCUCACGGUGUGUAUCGGUUUUAGUGGUUUUAUCUGUUGAAUAUCAGUGGGACAGGAACUCAGACUUCCCUAGUUUACCUCCCACCCUGGAACCCUCAUUUCCUUUUCUUCUACAGAAUACAGCCCUGAGUAGGCUGGGAUGGCCCCGUCUUCCCCAUCUCUUCAUGAGUCGCUUUAAUUAUAUGUUCCAAGUGAGGAGGAAAGGCGUGUGCAGGCACGACAAACACCUCCACCUUCUUUUUCCCUUCAGGUCCAGGAAAGGAAGCUUAGGUUCCUUAGGACGACUUUCUGAGCCAGACUGGCAGAUUUUUCUCUACCCUCUUCCUUCAUAGUAAUUAAGAAAUAAGCCAUGGCCGGUGUAGUUCAGUGGAUUGAGUGUGGGCCUGUGAAGCAAAGGGUCGCCAGUUCGAUUCCCAGUCAGGGCACAUGCCUGGGUUGCAGGCCAGGUCCCCAGUGGGGGGCGCAUGGGAGGCAGCCGCACACUGAUGUUUCUCUCCCGCUCUUUUUCCUUCCCUUCUCCUCUCUCUAAAAAUAAAUUUAAAAAUAUUUUUAAAAAGAGAUAAAAGAUUUUCCUGGCAAAUAAAUAAAUAAGUAAAUAAAAAUAGAGAAUAAUGGGAGUGUCAGAAACGGAAACCAGAAGGGCUGAGGGGGCAGGCUUACAGAGUUUUCUCAAAACACAGUUGGGGAAGGUAACCCACAGCACCCCACUCCAAAUUUUAAAAACAAUGAAAACUUUUUUAAAAAUUUUAUUUUAAAGAGGGAGGUAGGGAGGGAGUAAGACAGGGAGAGAAUCAUUGAUGUGCAAGAGAAACAUUAAUCAGUUGCCUCUCGAGGGCCCCCGACUAGGGAUCGAACCUGCAGCCCAGGCAUGUGCCCUGACUGGGAAUCAAACCAGCAAUCUUCCUGUUGCAGGACAAUGCCUAACCCACUGAGCCACAGUGAGGGCACAGUGAAAACU